UGCACAACAACAGCGCUGUGGGUAUGGUACCCGGCCGCGUGGUAAUGUGUUCAUCUCGCUUGCAUAAAAAAAACACCCACAUGAACAGCACAGUGGUCACUCAAAGUUUGCCGUGUCAUUUUUGGUUACUCAUGCUCUUUUCAAUAUUGGUUAAUUCAAUUUUGGAUCCACAAUAAAGUCUUUACUUUUACCAACAUAUGUCUGUACUCAUCAUCUGGGAAAACAACCGAGACCCAAGUGACAUUGAGACCCUUAUUGGUUCAAUUCAAGGCUAAGUUUAGGAAAAGUUCUGAACGAAGAUGUCACAGUCCUACAGUUACAAGUGGCCUAGCAGGGACCCACGACAGCAGCAGCCGCAGCAGCAAGGGGCUACCACCGGUCAGCCAGCCCCGCAGUACGGCAUCAACUGGGGACCGUCAGCACCUCGGCCACCGGUGAAAGGGAUGCCUUUAUACCACCCGGUCUCACCACCAUCUUCCCCACCCCAUGUACCGUCUUACCGUGUAUCUCCACCUCCGGGUUUUCCUGCAAAGGCACAGGAGGUCCCUGCGAGGAGACUGAGCCUUCCCGUCUCAACCACCAUCAGUCGUCCCCGAGUGGAGAUGACAUCUCCCCCUGUCUCAACCAUCAGUCGCCCCCGAGUGGAGAUGACAUCGCCCCCUGUCUCAACCAUCAGUCGCCCCCGAGUGGAGAUGACAUCGCCCCCUGUCUCAACCAUCAGUCGCCCCCGAGUGGAGAUGACAUCGCCCCCUGUCUCAACCAUCAGUCGCCCCCGAGUGGAGAUGACAUCGCCCCCUCCACUCUUAGUAGCCAUGGCCAGGCAGGUAUCCCAAACCAAGAGGUCUUCCCUCUCACCAAGAAAUAGAUGUAUCUGCCAACGAGCUCAAUGCAAGGUUUUAUGCUCCAUCUGCAAGCAGGCAAGCAGGGGGCGAGUUCGUCUACAGUGUCCUCAACAUCCACACACUAUUCACUUAAUGGACUACGACUGUUGUCCGACAUGUAAAGCAGUCAACUUGACCGAGGUUGAACUCAGACCCAACUAAAACAAAGACCCCUCACAGUGAAGCUCUUCUAAGGCAAAACAUCCUAACUCCAAAAAUGACAUUUUUAGUAAAGCAAGCAAAGAAAAGCUAUUUUGCCUUAAAAACUGGCCCAGAUAAGGUUUUAUUUGAAAUUUUGAUAAGGGAAAAGCACCCUCAAUUUUACCAAGUAUGAUCUAAUGUAUAACAAAAACCACAUUUUUUCAAGUUUGGCUGUUUUUCCAUAGAAGGGCCACGGGAAUAGACAUUUUAUGAAAACAAAAGGGGAAGUUUUAUAGGUAAAGGUGUGGGUGCGGUUGCAGGUUCACACAAUGUUUAGCAUUUGAGAAAAACUCUUUGCAGUUUGGGGGACUUAAAAAUGUUACGUUACCACAGGUCAUUUUGGUUGGUAAGCAGUUUGUAACAUAAAAAAUUACUUUGGCUUGAACAAAGAAUUACUGGCUAGAGUCGGACUUGAGCCUGCAGCCUCCCGAUUCACGUUUCAGCACUCUUCCAACUCAGCUAUCACACCCGUCUCCCUAUUUUGUCAAUAUCUUUGUUCAGUUUCAGGGGUGCCAGUCAGAAGCCCAAACAAAGAUAUCAACAAACCCCAGGGAGACCGCCAACAUAGUGAUUGACAGCUCAGUUGGUAGAGCGUUAGAACGUUAAACCAGAAGUCGCUGGUUCGAGUCAGUCCCCCCUCAGAAUUUUUUCUUGAUUUUCCUCUUUUCACUGGUGAUCUGUUUGGGGGAAAGUUUUAAAGAAGAUUUCAACCGGUGGUUAAAAGUGAUGCUGACAGUACAAUCAAAUCAAUAUUUUGUAAUAUAGGCCUAAACUUUGCUUUAGUUUCCUACUGGGAUUUUCAGUGACGCUUUAGCUUGCCUCUUCUAUACAUGUACAAGCAAACAAUAAAGGCCUGUUUUAUGGCCAUUUCUUUUUCACAUCACAAGUAGAAAUGGGGAUACAGGCGCAGGCCUGUAGCUUCGUUUUUGAAAGGGCAAGGGCACCAAGUUUUAAUUGGUAAAGGGCACCCUAUGAGGAAAUUGUAACUUUCUACUUGAGCUUGUUUAAGACAAUGACUAGGGGGCAUGGAGGCAAUCGCCUCCGUUGUCUCUAUGAAGUAUCAGGUCUGGGAUUACAGUGAUGAUUUCCAAACAGCAUUCUUUACACAUAUGAUGCACAUGUACAUAGCUGUAAAUAGUUUAUGUUAACUUUUAAAAACAUUUGCUGGUUCAGGGAAAGCAAUGUAUAUUAUUGGAUAAUGUUUGUUUCUUGUGGAUAGUAAAGCAGGGAAGUUUGUAUUUAGUUUCAUUAUUGCUGUCACAAAAGGAGGGAUGGUACACAAUUUUAAAGGUAUUAUACAGGUUUGGUAGGGAACAAAACAAUGCUUCAUUUUAGUGAAAUGGAAUCAACUCCCAGAAAAUUUUGUCUGAAAACCUAAAAAAAAUCAAAGCUGAUUUUGGUUUUUGUUUAAACUUCCCAGAAACAAGACUAUAGAGGAGUGUUUGAUGUUGGUCUACACAAUGUACUUGAGUGAUUUAUGAAGGGUUCAGUAUGCACAUUUUUCUUUGCCAAUUUAUUAGAAAUUGCCAAAAAUAUUUUGUUUACUUCAUAUAAAGUUUAUGUUUUUGAUACUACUCAAUUUAUUUUCCUUAUCUUUAUUUUUUCAUCAGUACUCAUUGUUUUAUAUAAGUUUAGACAGAAGACAAGAUUUUGUUUGUUACACUUGUUUAAAAAUAUUGUGCCACAGAAAAAGUUAAAUAUACCCCAAAAAGUUGUAUUUGUUAUCAUAAGAAGGAUUUUAUGUUGAUCAUUAAAUUAAGUGUUCAUCAAAUUAUCAGAAUAGUUCAGUGUUUGUUGAUCGUUUAUGAUGUUGAUUUUUUACUUGGAGUCGACCUGAAAUGGCGAGACGUCUUGGUUUAUAUUUUAUGGCAGUGUUUACCGCUGCCCUUAUUGGGGAUAUUGUAUAUGGUUGAGUUGGUCUAU